GUCAAUUUAUAGCGGCUUGACUCUGGGCUAGGGCAGACGGUUUCGCUCUUUCUUCCUCCGGAGGACAUACCCGAGAACGACAUGCGGCGGUACCUGCCGCGUUUUCAGCCAGACGCUUUUGAGCAAAACUUCAAGCUCGUCGAGGCGGUGGAGCGGAUCGCGAACCGCCACGGAGCCAGCGUCGCUCAGCUUACCAUCGCCUGGGUUCGUCGCCAGGGUGCGAUUCCUUUUCCCCGGUCCACGAAGGUCGAGAGGUUUGUGGAGAACCGCCAGGACUUGCCGUUGACUGAGCAGGACUUGGACGAGAUCCAGACGUUGCUGCAGAUCCUGCCCGUUGCCGGCGAGCGUUAUGGCGGGCAGCAUGAAAAGCUCCUUUACCUGCAGGCUCAGGGACAGAAGGAAUCAUGAAGUGAGAAUUACUGCGGUCGGAUGGACGAUUUGCGAACUUCGCUUCUCGGAAGGGGUCUUGCGAUGCGCCGCAAGUAUGAAAUGGAG